UCGCUUUGUAAAUAUAGCGUGACCUUAAUCCUUAUCAAGUUAGUACUGUCUUUAUUUUCGGAGCGUAUUGCAGGAAGUUUAAAGAUCCAAUAUAAUUUUCAGAGUGAUGAGACUUAUUAUUAUUGGAAUAUUCUUCUUCUGUGUUCUAAAGGGAAGUGAUGGUACAAGGUGUUUUGAAUGCCAGAAUGUACCCUUCCCACGUGAUUGUGCAAGGUUGACAGACUGCAAUGCUCACGAGGAUUGUUUCACAGAACAAGUUGUAACAACAAGUGGAAACGUUGUAUUCAACUCUGGCUGCCUAGCAAAGUCGCGCUGCUCGACUGUUUCGACAUCGCUUAUUGGUAAAAGGUUGGCAAACAUGACGGAUAAACGUUCAACUGAUAUCGUCACAUGCAACGAAUGCUGUACAGCUGAUUAUUGCAACAUGAAGGGUUGUGGAACACUCGAAGUCCCAUUUGAACAACGUGGCCCAUACUGUUACACGUGCGACGCACUAGACCCCAGGGAUUGUACUAAUGUAGCGGUGUGUGCUAAACACGAGCUGUGCAUGAUACACACACCAGUCGAAUUUAUCGGCCUUCCAGAAACUAUUUACCGAGGUCAAUGCGAAACACAGUCGACAUGCGAUGCAUUGUCAGAAAUAUCCAGUCAUGAUAAUUGUACGCCGGUGUGUUGCAGUACAGACUUCUGUAACGAUCGGUGUGGCUCAACCCCAUAUGUCAACACAACGGCAUUAUAUCCGCACACUACGGAUGGAACGACAUUUACAAUGACACAAGUUCCAUCGACUCGUAUGAGUACCGUUCGUUCUACAAAAGGAGCUACUACAAGUAAACCAAAUACACUUGCCAGUUCAACGUCUAAUAGCGUUCCGUCAAGAACGACCCACAAACACGUUUUACACUGCGAUAAUGUUAACGGAUUUAUGCUUUUUCAAAAUGCCGAGGCGGAGCUGUGUAUUCAUAUUGUGCGGUCACAUGCACCAUUAAAUUGGCAUAAAGCACGAGAAGCAUGCAAAAGAAAUGGAGCGGAUCUUGUUGUUCUGGACACUCAUGACAAAGCCAUUUUAUUGAGGAACGAACUUGAAAUUCAUGCUUCUCGAUACAACAACAACACACGUUAUUGGAUUGGAGCAAAAGAUUUCGACAGCAAUGACAUUUUUCGUUGGGUAAAUGGUCACAAGUUACAUGACCAAGAGGCCGACUGGAGUAAAAAUCAACCUGACCAUUCCAAUAAAGGGGCAGACGAAGACUGUGUUGGCAUGUUAAGAGGUUCUCAUCCAUCUUACACGUGGCAUGAUAUAAAUUGUAGAGCCCUAGGAAAUUACAUAUGUGAGAAAAAAUAAAUACGAAACACUGAA